GACCUGCGUGACCUACGCUAUUUCCACUUUCAUUUUAAUGCUUCCGUAAAACGUGUGUUGUUAUGGUGUUUGUAAACAAGCCGAGAAGACAUUCAUGCUGUAAGCUUGAACAUGGCUACUAAAUCCACCAAGAAGAGUAAACCACAGCUAAUAAAAUCCACCGCAACAGACUCUAAACAAAAAACUACCCUGCCAGUUCAACAUGAAGAUGAAACCAACUUCCUUUUAGGACUAUACGAUGAGCAGCUGAAAAAAUCUGGUGUUGAAAUUGAAGAUUUGAACAAGAAGAUCGAGAGUCUUUCUACUGAGAAUGUGUUUUUAAAAGACGAGCUACAAAAAUUCAAAGAUUAUAAGCUUGAAAGGUAUGAGGAAAAAGUGGAAGAUCUAGAAAGCAAAGUAACGGAGUUAGAAAGGCAACUAACAUUGGCGAAAGAGGGGCAAACAGAAAAUGCAGACCUAAGCAAAGGACCAAAAAAGAUUAAUUUUGCAACAAAAUUCUCUGAACUUUACGACAUUAUAUGGAAGGAUGCUUUAAAGGAGCAAAUUGAUAAUGAAGGAAAGAGUGAGGAGGAUGGAAUCAGCUUUCUCCUUACUAUACUUAAGGAUGCAAAUGUAUUUUCGAGCACGCAAGUAAUCGAGUUUCAGAAUUCCAUGUCACCGUUCACAGCAGGUCGUGGGAUACCAAAUGAAAAGAAUUUGCCUCCAGGAGUGGUACAACAGUUUAAAGACAUCGCAAAAAACAUUUACAACAGUAUGAAAGAGCCACUUUCACACAUUUUCGUUGGGAAAUUCUUGCACAGUCAGAAGACUUCCGGAAAGACUUUUGGAAAAGCAACUACCAUGUACGCUGGGGCAUGUGCAAUAUUUUGCUGGUUUAAGUGUUUCGAAGAUCCACCACUUUACAUGGACGUCAGCAUUCCGAACGGGAAAUUCGAUACUGAAAAAUACAGAGCUUAUAAAAAUACCGGAACAGAAUACAGAUAUCUGGUUUGGCCCUGUCUCUACCUGCACAAAGAUGGACCAAUGCUUGUAAAGGGAGUUGCUCAAGGAAAAUGAACCAUUGGAUUAUGUACACAUUGUAUUUAAUUGAACUGUAAUUCAAAAUAUGCAUAUAUUCUUUUAAACCAAUCUUCUUUGGCCACCUUGAGAUUGCAUUAAAAUAUUUUUUUAAUUUUGUAGAUUUUCUGGCGAUUUUUUUCACUGAUAAGUUAUAUGACAACUAACAGAGUACAUGUGUAUAUUGUUAUGGCAAUCGUUAUUACAUGGAAAUGUGUAGGCAUAUGUGAUAACUCACGGAUCAAGUUGUUAUUGUAAUCAUUAUUACAUACAUUUAUGAAAACUAACAGGCCAUACUUUUAGUGCAAUCGUUAUUACAUGUACAUGUAUCAACUAACAAACCAUAUUUGUAUCGCAGUCGUUAUUACAUGUAUUUGUUACAAAUAACUUACUACAUUGCUAUUUUAAAAUAAUGUUAUUACAUGAACAAAUAUAU